AUAACAUACAAGAAAUUUGACAUGUAGGGUUCUUUCAUCCAUUGAAGUCUCUAAAGAACAAUUCACACGCAACAAUCAAUCAGACUUUUAAGAUUUAUUGGGGCUGUGAAGAAAAGAACAUCUUGAUGUCACAUGAACCCUCUAUAUAACUUGCUUGUGUUGUGAAUCUUGUACAUCAUAACAAGUUUUCUUGAGUUCUUGUAAAGAGACUUAAGAUAUUUACAUUUCUCAUUAGUUCUGAUGGACAAUCUUUCAUAUACUUUUUUCUGCUUUCUUUCUCUGUUCUUCUGCUUAUUGUUCUUAGUAUACAGAAUCAUUGAUCAGAGAAGGCACCAAUGCUGCUACAUUUUGGAUUAUCAGUGCUACAAACCGGUCGAUGGAAGGAAGCUCAGUACUGAGUUUUGUGGGGAGGUGAUGAAGAGAACCAAGAAUUUGGGGCUCAAUGAGUUCAAGUUUCUCUUAAAAGCCAUUGUCAGCUCAGGCCUUGGCGAAGAAACGUAUGCCCCCUGGAUGGUUAUUCAUGGCCGAGAAGACAAUCCAACUUAUGAAGAUGGGAUCUUGGAGAUGGAAGAGUUUUUCUUUGACAGCAUUGAGAAGGUUCUGUCAAAAACAGGCAUUUCUGCUAAGGAUAUUGAUGUACUAGUUCUCAACGUUUCGAUGCUCUCACCAAGUCCAUCUUUGGUUUCUAGAAUCAUAAAUCACUACAAGAUGAGGGAUGAUAUCAAGACCUACAAUCUCACUGGAAUGGGAUGCAGUGCUAGCUUGAUAUCCAUCAAUGUUGUUCAAAGCAUCUUCAAGACUCGAAAGAAUGUGAAUGCUCUUGUUGUGACAUCCGAAUCCUUGACCCCGAAUUGGUACACAGGCAACAAUAGGUCCAUGAUUCUUGCUAAUUGUUUGUUCAGGUCAGGAGGGUGUGCAGUGCUUUUGACAAACAAGGUGGCCUUAAAAGAUAAGGCCGUGUUCAAGCUAAAGUGCUUAGUCCGGACUCAUCAUGGAGGCAAAGACGAGGCUUAUGGCUCGUGUAUCCAGACCGAGGAUGAGGCUGGUCGUGUAGGUUUUCAUCUUGGAAAGAACCUUCCAAUGGCAGCAACUAAAGCUAUGAUUGAUAACUUAAAAGUACUGUCUCCGAAAAUUUUGCCAAUAAGUGAACUUAUUCGGUUCUCAGUUGUUUCAUUUUUACAUAAAAUGAAAAAAAGUACUUCCAAAGGAGUAGCAAGGCCAAUGAUCAACUUCAAAUCCGGAGUUAAUCAUUUCUGCAUCCACACUGGAGGAAAGGCGGUGAUCGAUGGCAUAGGGCAAAGCCUAGGACUCGGUGAUCACGACCUGGAACCCGCGAGAAUGACACUUCACAGGUUUGGUAAUACUUCUGCUAGUAGUUUGUGGUAUGUUUUAGGCUACAUGGAAGCAAAAAAGAGGUUUAAGAAAGGUGACAGGGUUUUUAUGAUCAGUUUUGGAGCAGGGUUUAAGUGUAAUAGUUGUUUGUGGGAGGUUUUAAGAGAUUUGAAAGAUGGGAAUUGUUGGCAAGAGUGCAAUAUCGAUAAUUACCCUCCUAAAACCCUGGUUAAUCCUUUCAUGGAAAAGUAUGGUUGGAUCCAGAAUGAAGAUAUCAGCACCUUUAAAAUUCCAGAAUAAAGGGUGUUAUUUUCGACUGAAAUGCCAUGUUUGAAUAUAUUAUAUGAUCCUGGUAAGUCCGUUCACCUAGCACGCCGAGUCCAAUACUGUGGUUAUGGAUUCAUAUAUUGCUUAAUAAGUUGUGUAGCAUUGAUAGAGCUGAUGUACAUUGAAUUGUACUAGCUAGCAUGUUUAUUGCUAUAGUUUGUUUUGCAUUUCUAAAGCUUCAUCAGCUUUUCGUCCGGUAAAGAAUUCAAUUCUGUAUUUAUGAGUAUGUACUUUCGCA